AUGGCUCCAUCAGCAAUCGGGGAACCGACAAGUCAGAAUAAUGUUGCGAAACAUAUUCUUGUGAAACCAUGGGCACGGCCGGCUGAGACCACUGAGAAACUCGAUUGGGCGCCUUUGACAACGAUUGAUCUUUCGCGCUUCGACGAGCCAAGCGGCAAGCAAGAACUUGCAAAGCAGCUUUAUGACGCCCUUACCCGAGUUGGGUUCUGGGUCGUGACCAAUACUGGUAUUGACGACAAGAAAGUCCUCCGUCAAUUCAGCAUUGGGAACACCUUCUUCAAGCAGCCGCUGGAGGAGAAGCGCUUCUUUCCCUGCAACUUUGCUGAAGGUGAGUAUUUUGGAUAUCGCGAAAACUCACGAUGGAUUGGUGACACCGGCGUUCAAGAAAACAUUGAGAUGCUCAAUAUCCCCAAGGAUAUACCGGCACUCGCUGAUGUGCCAAGACAUGCCAUCACGCAGGAAUAUUGGGACGAAAUUCGCAGUUUCCAUCGCGAACUCUGGGAGAAGGUGAUUCGCAAGCUUUUUGUUCUGAUCUCCAUCAUCCUAGAGCUGCCGGAAGACUACCUGGCAGAUGCUCAUGCUUAUGAUGAACUAUCGGACGACCAUCUCCGAUAUAUGAUUUAUAACGUCAGAACUCAGGAGGAAUGGGAUAAAACCCAGGCUUACUCCAAGGGCGGCCACACCGACUUUGGUAGUUUGACACUGCUCUUCUCGCAGCACAUCGCUGGGCUGCAGAUCCGAACUCCAGAAGGAGAAUGGAAAUGGGUCAAGCCUGUUGAAGGGGGAAUUACCUGCAAUGCCGCUGAUACCCUGACGUUCCUGACAAAUGGCUUCAUCAAAUCAACCAUCCACCGGGUCGUCACCCCUCCUAAAGAUCAGCUGAAUACACCGCGGCUAGGGCUCCUGUAUUUCAGUCGACCCGGAGACAAGACUUUGAUGAAAACAGUGCCAUCUCCGCUCCUCGACCGCCUAGGCCUUCUUCCGGACGAGGACAAGGAUCCCAACAAGCCUGCUCCAACAGGCACCCAGUAUGUUCGAGCGCGGGUCAAGGAUGUCCAUCACAAAACGGUAAUUGACAAGCGAGAGGGUACGGCGUUUGAAUUUCAGGGGUUGAAAGUUCAGAACUAUUAUGAGUAG